UUUUUUUGGAUUGUCAGAAAAAAACUAUGUAAAAGUACACAAUUUUCUUUUUUUUUUACUUUAAACUUCCUUAAAUGAUAUCGAUAUCUUACAUUCGCUGAUUUAUGCCCCCUACUAUAUAUCUUUAACAAUUGCAUACAUAUACAAAAUUUUGAAUAAAUUUGUAAAGAUAAUUUUCUUUUAUUUUAUACGAAUAUAUUUUGAUUACAUUAUAAGAAAUUAUUUUUUAAAAGUGUGUUUUCUGAAUUUAAAUAUUAGUUUAAUUAAGAGGGUACUUUAUAUUAAUUUUAACAUUUGUCUUUACCCAAAUUAGUUUAGAGAAAUUACCUUUAUGUUUUUGUCUAUCGAUACAUUGAUUUGUAUCUCAUUCAUUUUUACUCAUAAUUUUACUUUCUAAAAAUUUUUUAGUUACCUUAUAAUUCUAAUUUAGAUAAUAUAAAAAACAAAAUUCCAAAUGAUUUCUAGAAUUGGAUGGUUCAAUCUUAGUAAGUUUAAUUUUAUUUUUAAACAAUUAAUGUUUUCAGGGUCUAAAUAUAAUUUUAUACCGCUGCUUGGUCAUUCAUUAAGAACUCAAGCGACGGCAGGGGCUACUCCAGCUACCAAGUCUGAAACUCCUAGACCAUCUCCUGUAACAACUUCAGAAGUAAAGCAGCCAUUGAAUAUGAAAACACAAGACUCGGUUACUUGGAAUAUAAAGGGAAAUGGCAUUGCUGUUGUAAAGAUUGAUUGUCCUGGCGAAAAGGUGAAUUCCUUGAAUGAAGCUGUCUCAAAGGAUUUAACAGCUGCUUUCAAUGCUAUAGAGCAGAAUCCAUCCGUUCGUGGCGUUAAUUUUAUCGCCGGUGCAGACAUUCGAAUGUUAGAGAAAUGUAAAUCGGUUUCAGAAGCUGCUAAGAUUUCAAGCGAUGCUAAAGUCCAAUUUGACAAAUUAGAAAAUAGCAAAAAGCCGAUUGUUGCUGCCAUUAUGGGUCCUUGUAUGGGUGGAGGUCUUGAAUUGGCAAUGGCUUGUCAUUAUCGAAUAGCUGUGGACUCGCCAAAAACUCAAUUGGCAUUGCCUGAAGUUAUGUUGGGUUUAUUGCCAGGCGCUGGUGGUACACAACGUCUUCCCAAGCUUGUUGAUAUCCAAACAGCUUUGCAAAUGAUGCUCACAGGCAAAGUUCUUCGUCCUAAUAAAGCCAAAAAACUUGGUUUAGUCGACCAUUUAGUCCAGCCAAUCGGGCCUGGCCUUACCGAUCCAUUAACUGGAACUCAUCGUUAUUUGGAAGAGGUUGCCAUCCAAACGUGUGAACAACUAGCUGAUGGUUCUCUUAAAGUUACUAAAAGCAAGCCUUUUGCUCAACAGUUGACAAAUCUUUUACUUACAAGUCGUCCACUUAUCGAUGCUUUACUAGUUCGAAAGGCCAAAGAAACGGUGAUGAAGCAAACGCAUGGGAAUUACCCUGCGCCUUUGAAAAUUCUGGAUGUUGUUCGAAAUGGGCUGAUUGAUGGGCCACAAGUUGGUUAUGAACAGGAGACUCAGGCGUUUGGUGAGCUUUCACAAACUAAACAAUCAGCAGCUUUAGUUGGUCUCUAUUGGGGUCGAACUGAAUGCCAAAAGGACAAAUAUGGAGACGCAAAGAAAUGCGAACGAUUAGGAGUGAUUGGAGCUGGUCUUAUGGGUGCCGGAAUUGCAAAUGUUAGCAUUGACCAGGGAAUUGAAACGGUCCUUAUAGAUACAAAUCAAGGAGCUUUAGAUCGAGGCCUCAAACAAAUUACUACACAGAUGGAAGGUCAACUUAAAAAGAAAAAGUUUACUUCAGCUGAACAUACUCGUUAUUUGUCGUCACUGAAACCUGUUUUGAAUGAUUAUAGCCAUCUUAAAAAUUCUGAUGUCGUUAUUGAAGCUGUUUUUGAGGAUCUUGGAUUAAAACAUAAAAUUAUUCAGAAGGAAAACGUCCCAGAGCAUUGUGUUAUUGCUACAAAUACUUCGGCUCUUCCUAUAAAGGAUAUUGCUUCUGCUAGCAAGCGACCUGAAAGAAUCAUCGGCAUGCACUAUUUUUCGCCUGUUGACAAAAUGCAGCUUUUGGAAAUAAUUACUUCAGAAAAGACAUCAAAAGAAACUUUGGCGGUCGCGGCAAAACUUGGACUUGCUCAGAAAAAGUUGAUUGUUGUUGUUAAGGAUUGUCCAGGCUUUUUCGUUGUUCGUUGUAUAAGUCCAAUGUUGAGUGAAGUUAUGCGUCUUCUUCAGGAAGGUUUAACUCCAACAGAGGCUGACAAAAUUACCAAUCAAUUUGGAUUUCCUGUUGGGAUGGCUACUUUAGCUGAUGAAGUAGGCCUUGAUGUCGGUGACCACGUUGCUUCAUUUUUGAGUAAAGCACUCGGUCCUCGUGUCCAAGGGGGAUCUUCACAAAUGUUGCAAGAUAUGGUCCAAGCUGGAUUUAAAGGCAAAAAGAGUGGAGCCGGUAUUUAUGACUAUAAUCCACAAUCAACUAAUCCACUUGUAAAAUUCGGAAUUGGAAAAGCACCAAAGAAAGUAGUAAAUGAAAAGGCAGUUGAAAUACUUAAACGUUAUUCUUUAACUCCGCCAACCGGCGCCUCUUCUGUUGAAGAUCAACAAUUACGUGUUGUUUGUCGUUUUGUGAAUGAAGCAUUAAUUUGUCUUGAAGAAGGAAUAAUUUCUGCACCGUCUGAUGGAGAUAUUGCCAGCGUUUUUGGUGUCGGUUUUCCGCCAUUUUGGGGUGGCCCAUUUAGAUUUGUUGACCUUUACGGUGCUGACAAAUUAGUUAAGAAAAUGGAAAAAUAUGCAAGUAUUUAUCCAAGUGUUCAAUUCCAACCUUGCCAAUUACUUUUAGAUCACGCAAAAACGGGCAAAAAGUUCUACGAAAAACGGCAAUAA